AAUAAAAAACAAAAAAAAAAAAAGAGGAAAAUAAACAAACAACAGAAAGGAAAAUAUCAUGGCCUCAACUGAGCCCGAGAAGUUGGUGGAGGACAAGAAAGAAACGGUGGCGCCAAAAACUCCUAUUGAUUACUUUAGUUUGGGUGAUUUGGUAUUGAGAUUUUUGCUCUUUCCUUCAGCAGUGGUGGCAGUUGUGGUUAUGGUCACUAGCAACCAAACACUUCAUUCUGUGCCUGCUAAAUUCAAUCACUCACCAGCUUUCAUUCUAGGACCANUGAAGCCGAUAUCCUUGGCGGCUCCGGAAGCAUUGUCUGCAGCACAUCAAACUAUACUUCCUAAUGAUGGCAUGCAGACAAGCGCCUUUUAUAUACUCGCCUUGCCUCAGCUCCUCGAGGCGUCAAGGCCGCGCCAUGCCACGCCUCACGUCAUGGCGAAGUCACGAUACUUUGUGGCAGCACUCUCAGUUGCAGCCUUGUACAGCAUUAUUACCACUCUCUUCUCCUUUUAUGCUCUCCUCAAACCUGACUGCUGCCCAAAACUGCUCUCCCAUUUUGUCAUAUUCGAUGUUCUACUUUUGGGAAUUGUGGCUGCAGCAACUGGAUCAGCAGGUGCAGUGGCUUAUAUAGGUCUAAAGGGAAACACACAUGUUGGUUGGAAAAAGAUUUGCAACAUUUAUGAUGAUUUUUGCAAGCACGUUGGAGCUUCGGUUUUCGUAUCCUUGUUCGCCUCAAUCGUCCUGGCUUUCUUGAUUUUGCUCUCUGUUUAUGGCCUGUCCAAAAAAAUCCCAAAAUAGAGGUGCCAUUUGUUAGUAGCAUGGUGUGAAUGAAUUUACAUAUAUGGGCUCCUAGACUUGUUCAGUUGUUUGUGUAUUUUGUGGCCUUGUGGGUAUGGGAUGUUAUUUUUGUAUAGUGUGUGCACAUGUGUGUGGAUAUGGAAAAAUUAAAAUCCUUCUAUUGGAUUAAAUGAAUGUACUUAUUGGAUCAGGCUUGUGAAAACCUGCAUGUUGUGUUCUUAGUGCAGCUGACAAAAUUGUUGGAUUACAAAUUGUAUUUGAUCUAUGAAUUGUUAGUGUAUUAUGUGGUUGGAUUAGUGCCUUCCCAUUCAGUUUUUGUGCUCAUAUGUAACUCUUCAUUGAUGUGAUUAAGCCAUCUGUUUGCUUAGAUGCUUGAAGCCUAAUGUUAUUUUGUUUUUGUUUU